UACAACGCUGCAGUGAGUGCCACAGUACAAUUUGUUAGUGUAACAGUGAGCAACGCGAAAACAAAUAUAAUUGAAUUGUAAUAAUCCAAGAAAAGUAUUGAAAAAUUUUCCAGGACAAUUAAAGAAAGCUAAAACCAUAAAAGAUGACACGUUCACUGGCAUUCACACUGCUUAGCGUCCUUUUCAUCGCCAUGCAAGCGCAUGCGAGCCACGCAGGCUCCCACAGCAGAAUACACGAACUCAACACCGAUCAAACAUUGAUCAAUUUCCUGCUGAACACACGCAACUUGCAACAAAGUGAUCCGAAACGCUCCAACGAUUGCUUCACUUACUACUUGCCGCAACUUACCGACUGCUAUGACGAAUACGAAAGUGAUUAUACGCAAUGUUUGUUGAGCAGCGAAGAUAGACGUAAAAAAAUUGACAAGUCCACCUAUCAGUUGCGUGAUGACAUCGAAGAUAGUAGUGAGCAUGCCUGCAAACUGCUUCAGAAUUGUGUGCCCAAUAAGGACUCUAUAGAUUACUUUGAAUGCUUCGAGUCGGCGAGUAAUAAAAAUCAACAUACAAUGUAUAAUGUCUCCACAAGUGCCACCGAUACGCUGGCUAAGGUGAGGCAAGCCUAUAGCGAUUCCGAUUAUCUGGAGAAUGUUUGUUUGGUCGCUUCAAAGCGUAAAUACGACGUGAACAACAAGGUCAUAUUGAAUAAUUUACAAGGCUGUCUGAAUGGUGAAACUGCAGUGCCUACAACAACACCACCACCAAGUUCAACAACUACUCUGAAGCCAACAUCAUCUUCAACAACUCUGAAGCCAACAACGUCAUCAACAACUCCGCUUCCAACAACAACACCAAAACAUUAGUUUAGGCCCAAAAACAACGCUGAAUUAUGUAUAUUUCAAUUAGAUCACGAUUAUCGCAAAAUUGUUGGUCUCAUUUGGAAUUAAAAAGUUCAGAACAGAAUUUGUAUAGACUACAAUAAACAUUUUACAACUCAACCUACAACCUAGAAAACUUCUAAGCUGUUGCCAACAUUUUCACCACUUUCUCAUUCUCUGAAGAACUAAAAAAAGUCGUCGUCGUCGAGCUUUAAUCUGUCGCUACUGUGACGUCACUCGAAAUAAAUCUGUAAAAUUCGAAUGAUUCCAAAGAAUAAAAGUCAAAAAUUUUCAAUGAUAAUUUUUUAUUUUAUUAAA